UCUUAUAUACUCAUAAUUCUAUUUUAUUAACCUACUACUUGUCAUCUGGCAAAAAAAAUUAACCCUACUACUUGUUGUCAUAAUUCUUCGAAAACCCCACCCCCGGCGAAGAAGAAAUGGAUCCCAGCAGAAACCCCAGCAACUGUAGCAUACGCCCCUGGCUAGUGGUGGACUCAUCUGGACAAACCCAUGUCAUGGAAGCCGGAAAACAAGCUAUAAUGCGCCGCACUUGCUUACCUGCUCGUGAUCUUCGUCUUCUUGAUCCUCUGCUCUCUUACCCCUCUACCCUUUUGGGACGAGAACGUGCUAUCGUCGUCAAUUUGGAGCAUAUCAAGGCUAUUAUCACUGCCCAUCAACUCUUUUUGCUCAAUUCUAAUGACCCUUCUCUUCGCCUUUUUCUUCAGCAACUUGAGCGUCGUCUGUACCAGGCUCGGGAAGGUGGGGUCAAUGCUGAGAAUACUAACCGGACCAGUUUGCGUGAUUUAUUAGAAGUCUCAAGACAGAGGCCAGUUGGCGACGAGGAGAGGAAAACAGAUGGAAAACAAACUCCUGAAACUCAAGAUGGGUUGAAACUUCUACCUUUUGAGUUUAUAGCUUUGGAGGCCUGCCUCGAAGCUGCCUGUAGUUGCUUGGAUAAUGAAGCUAGCACUUUGGAGCAAGAAGCUCGUCCUGUCUUGGACAAGCUGACUUUAAAAAUCAGUACACUUAAUCUGGAACGUGUACGUCAAAUCAAAAGUCGAUUGGUUACAAUAUCUGGACGUGUUCAGAAGGUAAGGGAUGAACUAGAGCAAUUGCUAGAGGAUGACAAAGAUUUGGCUGAGAUGUGCCUGACAGACAAAUUGGUGCAUUGUCUUAAAAAUUCAAUAGUUUCCUCUAUAGAUGAGGAAGUCAGCGUGGAAGAUGAAGUUGCUGGGUCAGAUACUGUUGAUAGGAAUCCUGAUGAUGUCUAUGCUGAAGGUGAUCUUCAUAAUAUUGAAAAUCAACAGGAGCAUCUAUUUCGCCCAUCUGUUACGCUUGGCAGAGACAACCAUGGGAACCGUAACAGCACCCCUCAUACUGCUACAAGUAAGCAUCUUGGUGUGGAGGAGCUGGAAAUGCUUCUCGAAGCAUAUUUUGUGCAAAUUGAUGGAACACUGAAUAAACUAUCCACGCUGAGAGAGUAUGUGGAUGACACAGAAGACUACAUCAACAUCAUGUUGGAUGACAAACAAAAUCAUCUAUUGCAAAUGGGGGUCCUGAUAAGCACGGCAACUUUGGUGGUGAAUGCCUUUAUUGUUGUUGCUGGUGUUUUCGGAAUGAAUAUAGCCAUUGAACUGUUUGAUGGCUUAAAGCAGAAAGUGUUUCUCUUGACGAUUUUUGGCAGUACUGCUGGUACCAUUUUCUUAUAUGUGGCUGCAAUCAGCUGGUACAAGCACAAAAGGUUACUGUAGUAACUUUAAUAUCGUGCCUGAUGAAGAUUUGGAACUGCUCUUGCACUUUGUUGUUGCUAUGUACAUCAAUAAAAUCUACUAAAUCACGCUAAGCAAUUCUCUGCUGGUGUAAUUAUCUCAAUGGUACUUGGAUUAGUCUUACCUAAGUUUCGUAUUUCAAGCCUAUUGGGUCAAUUCAUUUUCCUUUGAAUAUUGAUAUAUUAAUACAAGAUUGGUAUC